AUGAAGGCCUCGGUGGUUGUCGCGUUGGCCAGCCUUGCCUCUGCUCACUAUGUAUUUCCAUCCGUCACUUACAAUGGCAAGACCACACAAGAUUGGGAAGUCGUCCGCAAGACGACGAAUUACCAGUCCAACGGACCGGUCACGGACGUGACCUCCCAGCAGAUGACAUGCUACCAGCUAGCCCCAGGUAACGAGGGUGCCACGGUGCUGGAUGUGACUGCAGGAUCCACGAUUGGUGUGUUCAAGUUGGCAUUCACGAUCAAAGGCAAGCUCGCUGACAUUCAGUUCCUCAAAGGCUACAACGCCAAGGCGUCCGUCUCCCAUCCCGGACCAGUCAACUUCUACAUGGCCAAGGCGCCUUCUGGUUCCAUCACAAACUUCGAUGGCUCCGGAAAAGUGUGGUUCAAGGUCUACAACGACGGCCCGACAGUCACCUCUAACGGACUGACCUGGCCCACUUCAGGCAAGCACCUUCAUCUCUUGUUGUGCCUCGCAGAUGGCGAGUACUUCCUCCGCGUCGAACACAUUGCUCUUCACAGCGCUAGUAGCGUCGGCGGCGCUCAAUUGUACAUCUCGUGCGCCCAGCUCCGUGUCAGCGGCGGCACAGGCACGUACAAGCCUAACUUGAUGUCGUUCCCUGGCGCAUAUAGCCCCAACGACCCGGGUCUCGUCGUGAACAUCUAUUACCCCGUUCCCCAAAACUACAAAACCCCGGGAGGCGAUCCACUGGUGUGUUAG